CUCGAAAAUAGAGACCGCUUUCACACCCCGAAGCUGACUCUGCAGGACCUAAAACGCUAGGCUCACGCUAAUAUCGGCCCGCUAGCCGUGGGCCGCUGAUAGGGAAGGGUAAUAUAGUAAGCUCGCAAUAAACGGCGGCAUGUGUUCUUGCAGCUAGACUUCCAAUCACCAAGCACGAAUUGCAAUCUUCUGGACGAGAAUGCAGCUCGCCCGCCAGAAGCUGGCCAGUUAUCUUGUUCACCGCAUGUCAGUCCAGGACGACGUAGGAUUGCUUACUCAUACGCUAAGUCAGUGUUGGGAUCGCGAUGAUUCAGAUGAUGCUGAAUACAUAAAAGGUACCUCAACACGUGCAACACCUACAACACCUGCAACACCUACGACACCUGUAACACCUACAACACCGUCGACACCUCCUCCCUGGUGCUCUUCUUCUCCAGACUCUCAACACACGAAGUACACACCAUCAACUUUACUCACAUUCCUCCAUACCAUGAUCUCAUCACUACUCAAGGAGGGCGAGGCCAGAGUCAAGAAUACCUUGCACAAGGGCUAUGCGCCAACCUCCUUCUCACACAACUUGGAGCUCAUAUUCGUCCAGGACAACAGGAGCCCGGCUUCGCUUUCGAUGAAGACCAAGAUCGUCAGCACGAGCGAUAGAGCUGCACGUCUGCGCGCAUUGGAGCCGCCAACGCUACUCUGGUGGGCUACGGCCUUUCCCAUGAGGCACUGGUCCGGAGGGAGGAAGAUCAGCAGCAACACCUUCGAUUCUCUGCUCAGGCACGCGCCUCGACAGACAGCUCAGUCACCGUCACUGCGGGCAGUGCUAUGGGAUGACAUGGAACAUUUGAGGCAAAAGCAUCCAUCUUGUGAGAUGCUGCAAGAUUUCUUGAGUGCUAUUUUGCAGCAGGACCUUGUAACUGACGGCAAAGGAAUUCCAACUGCCAUUGGAGCAUUAUCACAACAAGGUCGAUACAUCAGUUUCACCGGGGCUCGAUAUGAUUGUCUACCCAAGCUUCCCGACCUGCUCCGCUACGGCAUAGAAUGUUCACGAAAAUACCAGGAAGAGACAAACAAUUCUACCCUGAUUUCAACGGCACUUGAGAUAUUCCUGCCCCUAGAUCCGAAUGAGGAUGAGGCAUACGCAGUAGUGCGUAUUGGUACAAGGGAAGCUUGGCACAUUAUGCAGGAGCUCAAGAUCGUCGACGAAGAACCGUGUUACUAGAACGGGGUUAUACGCGGAUUUUUCCUUGUUAGAUUUCUUGUCUGUUCGAUCUUCGUUAGAUUUUUUUUUAGAGAAGAAAGGCGAGCAUAUAUAUAGCUUAGCAUAUAUAUAGCUUAGCAUAUAUAUAGCUUA